UGAAUGUUUUUUUUUUAUAUAUAUCAGUGGAUGUGCGUUUUGAAAAGAUGAAGUGCUCUGUUCUGAUGUCCCAGAGGAAAAGCAGCAAAGAGACAAACUGCAAUUCAUAAACUUUCCAGAGGAGCGAGGUGAAAAGUCAAAACUAGCAAAAAGCCGCUUCAGAGUGGACACGAGCUCCGAUGAAUGGACAGCAGGAUGUUUUCUGGUCAGGCUGGUCUGAAUUACAGCUUCAACCUGAGCGAUGACCAGGAUCUGGAGGACGCGCCUGCGGGCAGAGGGAAGCUCUCCCCGGCGGGCUUCGUGGCGCUGUCCGUGGUGCUGGGCUUUAUCAUGACUUUCGGCUUCCUCAACAACUUUGUCGUGCUGCUGCUGUUCUGCAAAUUCAAGAAGCUGCGGACGCCGGUGAACAUGCUGCUGCUGAACAUCAGCGUGAGCGACAUGCUGGUGUGUUUGUUCGGCACCACGCUCAGCUUCGCCUCCAGUGUCCGCGGGAAGUGGCUGCUGGGGCGCAGCGGCUGCAGCUGGUACGGCUUCAUCAACUCCUGCUUCGGUAUUGUUUCGCUGAUCUCUCUGGUCAUCCUCUCCUACGACCGCUACAGCACUCUGACUGUUUACAACAAGCGCGGGCCGAACUACCGUAAGCCCCUGUUGGCCGUCAGCGGCUCCUGGCUGUACUCUUUGUUCUGGACUGUGCCCCCUUUGCUGGGCUGGAGCAGCUAUGGCAUCGAGGGGGCGGGAACCAGCUGCUCGGUAUCCUGGACGGUUCGGACGGCUCAGUCGCACGCCUACAUCAUCUGCCUCUUCAUCUUCUGCCUGGGGUUACCGGUGCUGGUGAUGAUCUACUGCUACAGCAGGCUACUAUGGGCAGUCAAACAGGUUGGGAAGAUCAGAAAGACGGCCGCCCGGAAGAGAGAGUACCACAUCCUGUUUAUGGUUCUGACCACAGCCGCGUGCUACCUGCUGUGCUGGAUGCCUUACGGCGUCGUCGCCAUGAUGGCAACGUUUGGCCCGCCGAGGAUCAUCAGCCCCGUGGCCAGCGUGGUGCCUUCCCUGCUGGCCAAGAGCAGCACCGUCAUCAACCCGCUCAUCUACAUCCUCAUGAACAAACAGUUCUACAGGUGCUUCCUGAUACUGUUUCGCUGCGAUCACUGGUCAGCAGAGACCGGCAACAUCUCCAUGCCCUCCAAGACCACCGUGAUUCAACUGAACCGCAGGGUGUACAGCAACACGGUGGCCUGCACCGCCCAGAUCUCCACAGAUGCUCUCAACCAGUUCAGCAGCACCCCCAACACCAUGCACACGAACCCCCCCGAGGUCCAGAACUGAGCCGGGGUUAAACUCCAACAUGACCACGCAGGAAAUACAGUCAGUUUGACUCCUACACUUAGCAAUGUGAACUACUGGAGAAAGUGGACUAAAUUACAACGUGUGCUUACAGUAAAUGUACAUUAUGUGUGUGAGCUUGUGUUUGUACAGAAUGUUUGUUUUUUUAAGUGUCUAUUUAGUUUAUCUAUUUUUGGGUUCGAAAAGUACAAGACACAGACGUACUAAAAUAAUUGUUUUAAAACACUAUGUAGCUAAAGGUGUGAGUAAAACUGAAUAUAAGAGUCUGUCCUUGACGCUGAACAUUAUAAUGUUGAUAACAGCCUCCAAAUCUCCAAAUCCAAGGGAAUCUUUCCACAUGGUUUUGGAGAUUUGGGCUUUAGAGAUUUUGCUCCCAUUAAGCCACAAUGUGAAGCCGAGCCCUGAGAUUUGGUGAUAAGGCCUCUCUUUCAACUGGCUUCCACUUUAUCCCAAAAAGGUGUUUGAAGGGUUUAUUCUAAGCUUCUAACCAGUCCAGUGCUUAAGUGGAAAACAGUUUGAAUGUAUUUGUGGGUCCUACUUUGUGCAAGGAAAUGUACUACAAUGUUAAAAGGAGCUACACUAAACUUUUUGCCUGUUUGUGUCUGGAAUCUAUUUCUCU